CUCCCCCCGUUUUGUUUCUGUUUUCUUGUUUUACUGCGAGACGGAAGGGACCUCAAACGUCCCGACUCGUCCGCGCGUAUUGUCCGAUCUCUCUCCGCGUUUCCGCUGUGGCGAGCGUCCCUCUCGGAACGGCGGCGGAGCGGGUCGGCCGAGCACGCAAGCGAGCCGCCUCUGCGGCGGGUGGGUGGAAGCGGCGAGACGGGCAUCCGGCCUCCCGAGGACGCCCCGAGCGAGGUCCGGACUGGAAACGACACCCAUCACAACCGGCUGUGUGCGCGGCUCCGUCAUGGAGAAGAUGAAGAGGUUCAAGAGGCGUCUGUCUCUGACGCUUCGCUCCAGUCACACCAUCGACGAGUCCCUGUCCGAGCUCGCCGAGCAGAUGACCAUCGAGGACGGCGGCUCCAAGGACAACGAGCCCAUUGUGCGAAACGGACGACCUCCGACCUCCCACAGCAUGCACUCCUUCCUGCACCAGUACACGGGCUCCUUCAAGAAACCGCCCCUCCGCCGACCGCACAGUGUUAUCGGCGGCAGCCUUGGCUCGUUCAUGGCCAUGCCUCGCAACGGCAGCCGCCUGGACAUCGUCCACGAGAACCUGAAGAUGGGUUCGGACGGCGAGAGCGACCAGGCGUCAGGAACGUCUUCAGAUGAGGUCCAGUCUCCCACCGGUGUCUGUCUGAGGAACAGAGUCCACCGCCGAAUCUCCAUGGAGGACCUGAACAAGCGCCUGUCCCUGCCUGCUGACAUCCGUAUUCCCGAUGGCUACCUGGAGAAACUCCAGCUGAGCAGCCCCCCUUUCGACCAGCCACUCAGCAGACGAUCCCGCAGAGCCUCCCUGUCGGAGAUUGGCUUUGGGAAGUUGGAAACGUACAUCAAACUGGACAAACUGGGAGAGGGGACGUACGCCACAGUAUUUAAGGGGCGCAGUAAGCUGACCGACAACCUGGUGGCGCUAAAAGAGAUCAGGCUGGAACAUGAAGAAGGGGCCCCGUGCACCGCCAUCAGAGAAGUGUCGUUACUGAAAGAGCUGAAACACGCCAACAUUGUGACGCUACACGACAUCGUCCACACGGAUAAAAGCCUAACACUCGUCUUUGAAUAUCUGGACAAGGACCUGAAGCAAUACAUGGACGACUGUGGAAACAUCAUGAGCAUGCACAACGUGAAGAUCUUCCUGUUCCAGAUUCUGCGGGGCCUGGCCUACUGUCACAAGAGGAAAGUUCUCCAUCGAGACCUAAAGCCCCAAAACCUCCUCAUCAACGAGAAAGGCGAACUCAAACUGGCCGAUUUCGGUCUGGCCCGGGCGAAGUCUGUCCCGACCAAAACCUACUCCAACGAAGUGGUGACGCUUUGGUACCGGCCCCCGGACGUGCUCCUGGGAUCGUCGGAGUACUCGACGCAGAUAGACAUGUGGGGGGUCGGGUGUAUAUUCUACGAGAUGGCCGCGGGUCGGCCUCUGUUUCCUGGUUCCACCGUAGAGGACGAGCUGCACCUCAUAUUCAGAUUACUGGGCACUCCGACAGAGGAAAACUGGCCAGGAAUCUCCUCCAUUGAUGAGUUCAAGUCUUACAACUUCCCCAAAUACAAACCACAAGCCUUCAUCAACCAUGCCCCCAGGCUCGACAGUGACGGCAUCGAGCUGCUGUUAUCGUUUCUAAAAUAUGAGUCCAAAAAGAGGGUUUCAGCAGAUGAGUCGAUGAAGCACACCUACUUCAGAAACCUUGGGAUGCGGGUGCACACACUGCCAGAGAUCGUGUCAUUAUUCACAUUAAAAGAGGUGCAGUUGCAGCGGGACCCCGGCUACCGGAGUUCGUCAUACCCAGAUUCAGAUGAUCAGCCGUUGUUGGAUUUGUUUCCUCUCCGAUGGAUAUGCUUUGGCUGUUUGUUUGUUUUGUUGUUUUCUUCCUUCCUCUUCUCCCGAAUCACAGUUUCACCGAUGUUGAUGGCGAACCUGUCGUCCGAACCGCUUCAUCUUUUUCCUCUUCCCCGGCUGUUAUCCGGUCUGCUUGGAGACUGACUGCAAAAUGCGUUUAUUUUUAUUUUGAAUCCGGAGGUUUUAUGUUGAAUUUGUCGUGUUUGCUUUUUUUUCUCGCGAAGAGCUUUUUUUUUUUUUGUUGCUUUUUACGUGACUGAAUUUGAUUCCAGUUCAAACUGGGAGGGAGAAAACUGGGACGGCUGGAAAACUCGGACGAGAGACGGCCUUGUUCACCACCACCACCACCCUCCUCCUCCUCCUUCCUCCUCCAGGAACAUUCCAGAACAUUUCAAAGGGACCCCCGAAGACAACCCACCACCCCACCCCACCCCACCACCCCACCCCCUUUCAAACUUUAUUAGAGCCAUUCCGGGGUCAUGCCGGGGUCACGGUAGGGUCACAGAGUCCAGAGAACGCCGCGCCACCACCUUGACGGUGAGGAGGGACGGUGAGGAGGUUUCGGGGGAGGAGGGGGCAGAUGUAGUUGUCGCCUCCAGACAUUUCCGCCUGGUUGUCGUGACAACAGGAAAGCAAGGAUCAGGUGACAAGGAGCCGGGCAGGAAGUCACAAGACGUCCCACAGGAAGUCUCUCUCUCUCUCUCUCUCAGCUCGACUGCCUGCACUUCAGUGCUUUUUAUGCAAGCUCUGUCGCUGCCCGCACACAUUUGGAGCGCAAAAGUCUUUCAACUUUUGUUUUUUUAUUUUAAUUUUGUGUGCAUCUUCUAGAACUGUACUCGUGUCCAUGUUUCCUGAUCGGCGGCGAUCCAGGGAAGUGGAUUUCAGGACAUUCCUCUGUACACGGGCGUUGUUAUGGCGGAGUUUACCAGACAGUAUUAAGACGUGUUCUCUGUGUCUGUGACCUCUUUUGACCUCUCCUUGUGAAAUACAGUGUCAGUGUGGCAUGUUUAGGGGCCCGGCCCGGCCCGGCCCUGCUUCUCAAACGAGUUCAGAAAGGAGGAAAAAGAAGAAGAAAAAAAAACAACCCUAAAUCGAUCUGUUUCCACGCUCUCUGCGUCAGACCACUACUUUAUUUCUAGCAUUUGUACACGUGAACAAUUGUUUGUUUUUUUUUGAGAUUUGAAGUUUUAGAUCUAACCGGCCGCUCUCGUCGUUCUCAACUGGCGGGAGAUGCUACGGAGGGUAGCCGCUGUAGAAGUCCCGCCGUGGUUAGCACGUUUGCCGCGCUAAUUGACCUUGCGCGAAGCCCCGCCCCCUUAGUUACCGUUGCUAUGCCCGUCAAGCAUUUCGGAACAAUCCAGGAAGUAGCCGGAAAACACCAAAACGUGACGGAGGAAAUCAGCGCGUUGUGUGGGUAAACGUAACGGUAAUAAUACUGUAAACUACUAAUAAGACACGUUAGCCCCUAGCUAACGGGUCUGACCCUUUAGCCGAGCGGUUAGUGACGUCACCUUGUGGCGCGGUACACCUCGUAUAGAAUCCCGCACCGGGCAACAAAAUAACCGGUUACGUUGGUGGGAUCCGGAAGUGUGCAGAUCCUCAGAAGUCUCUUGGGAGCGCGGGAAUAACAAAAGCGCGAGGGCGCGCUUCCGGGGAGGGUGACGACUGUAAACUACUAAUAAGCCACGUUAGCCCCUAGCUAACGAGUCUGACCUUUUAGCCGAGCGGUUAGCGACGUCGCCUUGUGGUGCAGUACACUCCGUAUCGAAUCCCGCACCGGGCAAGAAAAUAAACGGUUACAAUACGUUAGCCGUAUUAGCUAGUAGCAAGCUUAGCUUGGAGCAGACGGGUAUUUUUGUUGAUUCUGGACGGAUGAAGCUGGCCACGGGGGUCUGCUAUACUGCCAAAUCUGUUGCCGACCUGGCGCUUCUUGCGUUCUGGGUUUCGGGAAGGGAAAGCAAAUGACACCCCCUCCAAACUUCUCAGAUAUCUCGUAUCCGAUCCGCGGACCCCAUGGGCACACCGCUUCAGCGCUUUGCUGUGCGUUUGAAAGCUUGACGGGCCGUUGCGGAGGUGGGAUUGGACAAGCACCGUUCCGGGGCGGCGCUUUGCGAAAGGUCAAUUCCGCAUGUCGGCUCCACCCACGAGGGGUUGUUCGGGGGAAAAAAAGACACUUUUUCGUUUUCUCUUUCCGGCCGCUGUUACAAUGUAACGGCUAACCGCGAGACCGAAAAGGGCAAAAGGUCGGCUCUCUGGGCGAGCGGUCCGCGUCCUUUGGGAUACAGUAGCGCCGAUACGAUCGGAGCGGUUUUUCUGCCCGCUGCCGGAUUCGAUCCCGCGCUUACCGUAUCCCAAAUGCGCGGCGUUAUCCGCUCGCCUACAGAACGUCGGCCUACUCGCCGGUGGUCAGGGAGCCUUCUUAUAGGUUACGUAAAGUGUGGCACAAAGCGGCGUCCGGUGACGGAUUUUUUUUAUACGUGGGUUCCGCGGGAUUUAGAAACCCGGGGGGAAAACGCGUGGGGCUAGCUGAACGCGUUAGCGACCCGUGAGCCGUCAGUCGCAACCAGCAGAUGGCGCCAGGUUGAGGGCCCAGAGCUUUCGGAGCGCGUUAUGAUGACGGAGGUGAAGGUGAUUUCCGCGCGCUCGUUGACGAGCCUCGAUGCAGGAUCGAUGCGAGGUAAAACGCCUUACACGCGGACUUCUGCAGCGGCUGUUAUAUGAUUAUUAUUAUUAUUAUUAUUAUUGUAAUACUGUACUUUUUCAAGCGUAUGAACGGCCUGACUUUAUGUGAAUGUGUCAGAGUUUGUGUGUCUGCGUGUGCGUGCGUGUGCGUGCGUGCGUGUGCCUGAUGCAUGGAACGCCUGCUGUGUUUAUGAACCCAAUCUCUGGAACACCCACAUGUGCAGCUGGUGUUCUUUCUACUGGAAUUAUUUAUUUCUCAUAUCUGUCAGAAGUAAAUUUAGUCUGUU